GUAGAUCGAGACUAUUAUUACCAGAUAUAAAUCUAGAUAUAAUAUUAUAUCUAGAGUCUAGAUUCUAGAUCUAUAGACUAGAUUUAGUCUAGUGCUAGUAGAUCUAGAUAUCGAUCCAAUCUAGGAAAUCUAGACUAGACUCACGUCUAGAGACGAGUUGACAAGAGUCUAGAAAGAUUAGUAGAUUCUGAUUGAUAAAAUAAGAUUUAAGAUUCACUAAGAAGACUAUGACUAAGUCCUAAGUCUAGAUCUAAGUCAGAGUAAGUCUAAGUGUUACUAACUUUGUACUUCUAAGUUAGUAACUAAGUAGAUCUAGACAAUCUACUACUUAUCUAGUACUAGAUCUAGUAAGUUUAAGUACAAUUACUACAAAGAUGUCAUUUUCUGGAUUUGGAAAAGAUCAGUUUACACCUGCUUCUGGCUUUGCUGCCAUGCAAGGAGCAAGUAACAGUAAGACAUUUGUUCCCGGCAAAACAUUAAACUAUGGUUCUGGUCAUGUUGGAAAAAGACGAGCUAUGACUGAGGAAGAAUAUUUUAAUGAUGAUGAGGAGGGCGAGGAAAAUGAUUCUUAUCAAAAAGGUCCUGACAGUCCUGGUGUUGCUAGUGAUGAUAGUGACGAUCCUUUAGAUGCUUUUAUGGCAGGAAUUGAAAAAGAAAUAGUGAAAGAAACCAAAGAAAAAAUUUCAACCGUAGAAGAAAAGUUGAAGGAAAAAGGAACUCGUGAUGAUAUUGAUAAUGAAGAUGUCCAAGAGUCCUACUUUCGAUACAUGGAAGAAAAUCCCAAUGCAGGAGUAAUCAAUGAAGAAGAUGAUCUUGUUGAUUAUGACAGUGAUGGGAAUCCAAUAAUGCAAAGGAAAAAGAUUAUUGACCCUCUUCCUCCGAUUGAUCAUUCUGAAAUGAGCUAUGAAGCAUUUGAACGUAAUUUCUAUGUUCCCCAUAAGGACAUUGAAUCACUUACUGCUGAUCAAGUGGAGGAGUUAAGACACAAACUAGGUAUAAAGGUAUCAGGGUUGUCACCUCCACAUCCAGUCAGUAGCUUUGCACAUUUUGGUUUUGAUGAAGCCUUGCUGGGGGCUAUAAGAAAGUCAGAAUACACCCAGCCUACACCUAUACAGGCACAGGGAAUUCCAGUUGCUUUAAGUGGCAGAGACAUGAUAGGAAUAGCUAAGACAGGCAGUGGUAAAACUGCAGCAUUUUUGUGGCCAAUGUUAGUUCAUAUUAUGGAUCAGAGAGAAUUACAGAAAGGUGAAGGUCCCAUUGGAUUAAUUUUAGCACCAACCAGAGAGUUGUCACAACAGAUUUACCAUGAAUGCAAAAAAUUUGGCAAAGUGUACAACAUUAAUGUUGUAUGUGCAUAUGGUGGUGGGAGCAUGUGGGAACAGUCAAAAGCUUGUCAAGAGGGUGCUGAGAUUAUUGUGGCCACUCCUGGUCGUUUGAUAGAUCUGGUGAAAAAGAAAGUGACCAACUUAACAAGAGUGACCUAUCUUGUAUAUGAUGAAGCAGAUAGAAUGUUUGACAUGGGUUUUGAGGCUCAAGUUAGGUCUAUUGCUGACCAUGUGAGACCAGAUCGACAAACUCUUCUGUUCAGUGCAACAUUUCGAAAGAGAGUUGAGAAAUUAGCAAGAGACAUAUUGGCUGAUCCUGUGAGAGUAGUCCAGGGAGAGGUUGGAGAGGCUAAUGAGGAUGUCACACAAAUUGUAGAAGUUUUGCCUUUGGGACCAGCUAAGUGGACAUGGUUGAUGAGAAGAUUGGUUGGUUUUACAUCUGAAGGGAGUGUUCUCAUAUUCGUUACGAGGAAAACCAAUUCUGAAGAGUUAGCAGCAAAUUUAAAGGCCAAAGAUUUUGAGUUGGGUCUUCUGCAUGGUGACAUUAGUCAAGCUGAAAGAAAUGAAAUCAUCAGCGCUUUCAAGAAAAGAGAAUUCUCAAUAUUAGUUGCUACAGAUGUUGCUGCUCGUGGUUUGGACAUCCCUCAUAUUAAAACUGUUGUCAAUUAUGAUGUGGCUCGAGAUAUUGACACACACACACAUAGAGUUGGUCGAACAGGACGUGCAGGAAGUAAAGGCUAUGCUUACACACUGAUCACAGAAAAAGACAAAGAGUUUGCUCCACACCUUGUUAGAAACUUGGAAGGAGCUAACCAACACGUACCACCAGCAUUGUUAGACUUGGCUCAGAAGUGUCCCUGGUUCAAGAAGAACCGCUACAAAGGUGGUAAAGGUAAAGUCAUAUCUGGCCGUGGACUUGGAUGUAAGGAAAGACCUGGUCUGGGAUCUGAAAAUAGCAGUACUGUACAAGAUGCUACUUCAUUCAGUAGUUUCCGAGCCUCUACAAGUAUAGGGCCACAGUCUGACAGACUUUCUGCCAUGAAAUCUGCUUUCUAUGCUCAGUUCAAAAGUAACUUUGUAUCAGCUGUUGAACAAGACAGAUCUUCUAGUGAAGAAAACUAUGCAGCAGCAGGUGGUGCAUCUCAACUCAAUUCCUCACUUCAGCCACAGAUGAUUCAACCAUCAGGCAUAGGUGGAGCUUCAAGGAUGGGACUUGGGAGUGAAGGUUCAGCCAAGAAAAAGAAAAGGAGUAGAUGGGACUAAGCCAUUAUCAUACAUUUUAUUUGAAAUCAUCUAAUUAUUAUUCACAGGAAAAUAAAUUCUCAUUUGUUUUA